GUCUCUAUGAAAUGUCAAAUGUUUUGUAAUAAUAUUUGCGUUGAGUGCACGCACACAUUUGCACAAGAAGAGAGAAAUUCAAGAAACUUUAUUGUACACAUAGAGCUCAUCUGGUUUGAGUAUCAAAGAAUAUAUAUAGAGAGAAAGAAGAGAAGAAGAAAAAAAAACUACUACAUUGUAUAAAUUUUUGUAAAAUUCAUCUUUUUUUUGGUUUGGUUAUCAUUGAAACGGAAAUAGUUUACAAAUUAUUUUGAAAACAUUAACAAGUUUUCAUUGAAUGAAGAAUUGAAUGUGUAAAAUAAAGGCAGAUUUAUUUAUUUAUAGCACUUUUACAGCAAGAAAGGUUUAAAAAAAAAAAAAGAAAUUCGUUUAUAAAGGAACUGUGAUAAGUUUUUCAUUUCGUUUUUGCUGAAGAAAGAAAAAGAGAGAAAGGGAGAAAGGCAAAGUUGCGACAAAUUCAUUAAAAUUUAAAACAAAAAACGAUCAGCUCCUUCGAUUGUCUUUCGUAGAGAUUUCUUUUCUUUUCGAUAUACAACAACAAUAACAAAAAAAAAACAGCCGCUAACCAUGUCAAAAUACAUAACAGCAAUGAAAGCGUACGGAGGAGCCGACAGUGAUGAGAGUGAUACAGAGGUUGCUGAAGUCGAUGUCGACAAAUUGCCACCACUAGACAUUAGUCCGGAUGAACACAAACUACAGUAUACAUACUGUUUGUGGUAUCAUAGAGGCUCGUACAAAAUCAAAAAUCCAUCGGUAAGAUAUGAUGAUUACAGCAAAUCGUUGCAUUUGAUUGGUCGUUGUGCAUCUGUUGAGCAAUGGUGGGGCCUUUAUUGUCGUUUGAUACGUCCAUCAACGUUGAAACCAUAUCGGGAGCUGCACUUGUUCAAAAGUGGCAUCAAGGCGAUGUGGGAAGAUCCACAGAAUGCUAAGGGUGGCAAGUGGGUGAUCCGUUUACGUAAAAAUAAAAUCGAUCGUGCGUGGGAAAAUGUUUGUAUGGCAAUGCUGGGCGAACAAUUUCUCGUCGGUUCGGAGAUAUGUGGUGUUGUUUUGUCGACUCGUUUUCCGGAAGACUUGUUGUCGGUGUGGAACCGAAGUGCCGCAGAUCAAAACUGCACGAACAGAAUUAGAGAUACUCUGAGGCGGAUUCUCAAUUUGAGCCCAAAUACACCGAUGGAGUAUAAGAGUCAUUGUGACAGUUUGAAAUAUUUGAAAUCCGUGUCUUCUUCGUCACCAUCGGCAUCGACGACUGUAUCAACAACAAAUUCAUCUCCAGCUGGUAACGCAACAACUAGCACUAGCAACAGUAAUGCCUACAAUCCGCCGAUCACACGGAACAAUGGAGCGGGCAAUGGCGUAAUCGGUGCGCCCACAUCUCGUUUCUUCUCAAGACCAUUCACAACCACUUCACACAGUUAACACAGCAGUCAUUAAAACAAAUUGUUUAUUUUCAUUCACUGACACCUAUGCACACCGACAGCAAUAUUAUCACAAUAAAGAAACAAAAAAAAAAAAUAAUAAAUUGAAGAACAACCGAACGAAGUCUUGAUUCUUCGAUUCGAAACAAAAUUUCGUCGACGGUUAACUGAGAUGCAUAUUUAAAUGAAAAUGAAACGGAGAGAACAUCAAAUAGAAACACCAUAUUUUUUAUUACUUAAACGUUCCAAAACGUGCGUUUCUGGACAAUAUUCAUUUCUACUUUGAGAAAAAAAUUCUAGUUUGAAAAAAAAAUUGUAUAAAUCUAUGGAAUGAACAAAAAUUAUGUAAACCUAAAAAAAAACCAAUUCGGACGUUAAUUAUUAUGUUGGUAAAAAACUUCAAGAAUAAAACCUCAAUGUUUUUUUUCUUACCACAA